AGGCUUAAAAAAAAAAAAAAAAAAAAGCUCAACGCAUCGGCAUCGCCCACACUCUCACUUACUCCCCUGCCCCUCCCGUCUCUGCCUUUUCCCCACUUUUUCACCCCCUUCCACUGCUCCACGAAAUCACAACAGCCUCCUGCCGUUCGCUCGACCUCCGGCGAAUCUCUACUCUCUCUGGCGGCAUGGAUGCGGGCGUCAGGUCAUUCCGGUCGAUACUUGACAAACCCCUAACUCAGCUCACAGAAGACGACAUUUCCCAGCUCACACGCGAAGAUUGCCGCAAAUACCUCAAAGAAAAAGGAAUGCGGAGACCUUCCUGGAACAAAUCACAAGCGAUCCAGCAAGUAAUCUCCCUCAAAGCUCUUCUCGAAACUAGUGAAGACUCCGGCGCCGGUGCUCUGCGGAAAAUCUUAGUUUCCAAACCACCGGCGACUUCAAAUUCGGUUGAUUCAAUGAAGGAACCCAGUGAUAUAAAUAACAACGCAGUUUCGGGGUCUGUAGAUGAUACUGCUCCGUGCCGGCAAAAUGAUUCCCCGAAAUCUACUCCAGGGCCGUUGGAUUGCCAACCUGAAGAGGCCGAUAAUAAAGCCUUUGCUUCCAGAAGUCUUGAUGCAACAGAUGGAUCGGUUGGGCAAAUGACAAUUUUCUAUUGUGGAAAGGUGAACGUGUAUGAUGGAAUCCCACCUGAUAAGGCCCAGGCAAUCAUGCAUCUUGCAGCAAGUCGAAUUCAGUCACCUAUGGAUGAUCCAAUUCGUAGACCUGCAUUUUCAUUUCCAUGUCAUUUUCAGACCCAAAGUGAUAAACAUGGUUUUAUUCCUCCUAAUGCUGCAAUCUCUCAGGCCAAUCAAACAGAUGUAGAGGGUCAAGCAAACCGAAAAGUGUUAUUGCAGAGAUAUCUCGAGAAGAAAAAAGAUAGGGGAAGAUUUAAGGGCAGGAAAAAUACAGGACCUACUUCUUCUAGUUUGGAGGUGUAUUUGAACCAUCAUGUGAAGAUGCAGUACGCAAAUGGACAAUCAACCAGGAGCAGCACAAGCUCCCCGCCCCAGCCUGGAGUGCCACCUACCUUAUGUAGCUCAGCUGAGGAUCAGUCAAAGAUUGCUGGUUUUUCUGUUGAUCUUAAUGAAGAUGUCCAAGAUUGUUGAAAUGGUAUUUGUGAUGUAUGGUGCCUGGAACUGUGUAGAGUGCCCUCUACGGAAUCACCAUUGUCAAAGAGGAAACCAACCCAACAAUCUUCAGCAUGUCUGCAUCUUACAUGAUCUGAGCUCUUACUUGAUAAAGGCAGUUUUUAUUUUUAUUUUUUUCCCUGGCCCCUUCCCAUUUCAAAAGAUCACUAUGAGAGAAUUACUUGUUAGCAAGGGAUUUCACUCGCAGUUGAUCAAUUUUGUAAUAGAAUCAUGAUCCUGAGAAAUUCCUUGUUUCUGAUUGUAAUGUAACCUUUAGUUGAAAUAUGCAGCCUUGAGCAGCUAUGCUCUUUACAUAAUGUAAAUUUCGAUGGAAGCUACCACCCAACGUUCUUGUUGCA